UCAGUUCAAGAGAAGCGCUUCAAGCGCAGCCGCAGACCAGAGCCGGUGCAAGCUGCAGUCGGAGGGAGAUCAUUUCUCACCAGCGCGUGUUUAAUAAAACUGCCAAAACGUCUUACGCAAUGAGAGGAGAUCGCGGCAGGGGGAGGGGCGGCCGCUUCGGCUCCCGUGGAGGUUUGGUCCAGGGGUAUCGGCCAUUUGUUCCUCAUAUACCGUUUGACUUCUAUGUCUGUGAGAUGGCGUUCCCCCGAGUAAAACCAGCUCCUGAUGAGACUGGUUUCAGUGAAUGCCUGCUGAAAAGAAACCAAGAUCUGACUCCUACUGCAGUUGAACAGGCUUCAAUUUUGUCCUUGGUCACUAAGAUAAACAACGUCAUUGAUAAUCUAAUCGUUGCUCCUGGAAGCUUUGAAGUGCAAAUUGAAGAAGUAAGGCAAGUGGGCUCCUAUAAAAAAGGCACCAUGACCACAGGACACAAUGUAGCUGAUCUUGUGGUUAUCCUGAAGAUCCUGCCCACCUUGGAAGCCGUCGCUGCUUUAGGUAAUAAAGUAGUGGAGACCCUGCGUACACAGGACCCUUCUGAGGUGCUCUCCAUGCUGACCAAUGAGACUGGUUUUGAGAUCAGCUCUGCUGAUGCCACCGUGAAAAUCCUCAUCACCACGGUCCCACCAAACCUGCGCAAACUGGACCCAGAGCUACACUUGGACAUCAAGGUUCUGCAAAGUGCUCUGGCUGCCAUUCGCCACGCUCGUUGGUUUGAGGAGAAUGCCUCGCAUUCAACUGUGAAAGUGUUGAUCCGCUUACUGAAAGACCUGCGAGUCAGAUUCUCUGGAUUUGAGCCUCUCACACCCUGGAUUCUGGAUCUGCUGGGCCAUUCUGCUGUCAUGAACAACCCCUCCAGACAGCCCUUGCCGCUUAACGUUGCCUACAGGCGUUGUCUUCAGAUGCUUGCCGCAGGACUUUUCUUGCCAGGUUCUGUCGGAAUUACCGAUCCAUGUGAAAGUGGAAACUUCCGUGUGCACACUGUCAUGACUUUGGAACAACAGGACAUGGUGUGCUUCACGGCUCAAACACUGGUAAGAGUUCUGUCUCAUGGUGGAUCUCGCAAAAUCCUGGGCCUCGAAGGAGAUGCUAGUUAUCUCACCACUGAGAUGUCCACCUGGGAUGGAGUAAUCGUUACCCCAUCUGAAAAAGCUUAUGAGAAACCUCCAGAGCGCAAAGAAGAGGAAGAUGAAGCUUUGGAGGAAGGAGGAGAAGGGGAAGAUGAAAGCAUGGAGACCCAGGAAUAAUACUUCUGUCUCUUUUGGACAGAUAGUUUUGUAUUUAAUUUUGUUUUAUUACUGAUCCUUUUGUCAUCCUACCGUGAAUUUUAAUACUUGGUUUCUUCUUCAGUCUAGCCUUUCCUAGAAUUAAAGGGAUAGUUCAACCAAAAAUAUAAAUUCUGUCAUUUACUCACUGUCAUGUUGUUACAAACCUCUAUACAUUUAUUUGUUCUGAUGAACACACAGGAAAACAUUUUGUGUGGAAUGUUUG